AAAACAGCGAAGCGAGAAGCGAAAUAUCAACAAACGCAUGUUGAUCAGAAUCAGAGUAGAUCGCAGCUUCCAAAGUUGGUAGUAGAUACUAUUUAAUUUAUUUGUGCAUCAAAAUGUUUUCCACGAGUACUCAAAAGAAAUACUGGCUCUUCGCCGACGAAUCCGAGCUUUUGAAGGCUCGUAGUGAGGCGAAUGCAAAGUUUGUUGCGAGCCACGGUCCAAAAAUGACAGAAGAAGAACGCAAUGAGAUACUGGACGCCAACGAGGAGAAGGCGCUCCUUAAAUUUUACGAAUUGCAGCUGCGUGAUUUUUGCCGGCGAUUUGAGCCUCCCAUGCCAAGAUCAGUAGCUGGAACAGCUUUCCACUAUUUCAAAAGAUUCUACUUAAUCCACUCAGUCAUGGACUAUCACCCGAAAGAAAUUUUAGUGACGUGUGUGUAUCUUGCUACCAAAGUGGACGAAUUCAAUGUUUCCAUCGACCAGUUUGUGCGAAAUGUCAAAGGAAACCAAACAAAGGCCAUGGACAUAAUUCUCAACAAUGAGCUGCUCCUCAUGCAGGUCCUCAACUACAACCUCACUAUUCACAAUCCCUUCAGGCCCAUCGAAGGGCUUUUGAUUGACAUUAAGACAAGAGGUACAAUGGUUGACCCUGAAAGAUUGCGCCCCGGCAUUGAGGAUUUCCUGGACAAAGCAUUUCUCACCUCAGCACCAUUAUUAGUUGCUCCAUCUCAGUUGGCUUUGGCCGCUGUUCUCCAUUCUGUUAGCAAAAUUGGAGAGAAUCUUGAUAACUACGUUACAAAAACCUUACUUGGCGAUUCUUCGUCUGAAGCGCUGGCAUCCCUUGUUGAAGCGGUUCGAAAGGUCCGCUCGAUGAUCAAAUCCAUGGAAUCAUCUCCAAAAGAGGUCAUCAGAGUGCUGGAGAAGAGGCUUGAAAAGUGCAGGAACCAGGAAAACAACCCUGACAGUGAAAUAUACAAAAAGAGACAGUUUGAAGCUUUACACGACGAAGAUGAGAAAUAUGGAUCAGAUUUCCCAUCUUUGAUUAUGAGUGGUGACUUAAAAUUAGGUGAAGGAAUAUUUGAAAUCAACAAAUCCAUGACCAGUCCUUAAAUUAUUCAAUGAGACUGAAAUCUGAGUUAUUUUCUAAUAAACACUUGGUUCAUACAGA